ACACUAUAAUAGUGUAUGGAUAACAUUGGGUUAUGCAGACUUUCAAAACCAUUAUCAAGAUCAAGAAUACUGAAUUUGUGGAUUACCUACCAUAGCAACACACCCUCCCCACCUUCCAUGGAAAACACUCGAGGAAGGGAAAGCAAUCCAAUCAUCAGAGACAAAGAAGAAGAAGAAGAUGGCCAUGACAAUCCACUAGCAUUGCUUCCCAAAGAGAAGGGAUGGACAGGUCUGGAUCUCUAUCUCUACCAAGGCUUUUGGUGCCCCUCAAUGGAAAUUCAGCGAGUAAUGUCUUUCCAACAACACUUCAAAGCUCAGGACACCGACCUCAUACUCGCCACCAUGCCCAAAUCAGGCACCACCUGGUUGAAGGCCUUGACAUUCGCUAUCGCCAACCGUCAUCGCUACACCAACACGCUUUCCCAACACCCCCUUCUCACUUCCAACCCUCACGACCUCAUCCCUUUUCACGAGAUCAAUCUCUCUGCUAAUAAAGACGGCCAUCAAGACAGUCAUAUUCUAAACCUCUCCAACUUUCAGUCUAGCAUUUUCUCCACCCAUAUGCCAUACCAUUCAUUACCUGACUCAAUCAAGACCUCUAAUUGUCGCGUUGUUUAUCUCUGUCGCAAUCCCUACGACGCCUUUGUCUCCGCCUGGCAUUUCUUGUCUAAGCCUAGACCAGAGAGCCUUGAGCCUCUAUCGUGUAUUGAUGCUUUUGACAUGUAUUGUAGGGGUGUCAUCGGUUUUGGGCCCUUCUGGGACAAUGUAUUGGGGUACUGGAAGGAGAGCCUGAAGAGGCCUCAAAAGGUGCUGUUUUUGAUGUACGAGGACUUGAAAGAAGACAUUAUUUUUCAGAUGAAGAGGCUAGCAGAGUUUACGAGUGUUCCAUUCUCUUCAGAUGAAGAGAGUAAAGGUGUGAUAGAAAAGAUAUCAAGGUUGUGCAACUUUAACAAUAUGAGAGAGUUGGAGGUGAACAAAACUGGUAAAUCCAUUAGACACUUCGAGAAUAAGACGUUCUUUAGGAGAGGUGAAGUGGGUGAUUGGAUCAAUCAUUUUACACCUGAGAUGGUGGAACGCUUGAACAAGGUCAUUGAAGAAAAGUUGGGUGGUUCUGGGUUAGCAUUCAAGACUAGUUUGUGAAAAUUUACUAUGCUUCUUCGUUGGACAAGAUUACCGAAACUAAUAAGUCUUGAAAUUCCAUCCUAUCUCAUGUUUGUUAGAAAUGGUCUCUAGGGAUUGGGCUGCUGUUUGUCAUGCUUAGUGCCGGUUGUGAUGUGUUUUAGUUUUUGUUUCUUUGGUCUUUAGCUUUGUAUUUUCUGACUUUGUAGGAAGAUUUCUUGUCCCCCCUUUAUUACCAUCUUUGUUUCAAUAAAAUUGUUUUUUUGUUGCUCAAAAAAA